AUGAGCCAGGAAAUGGAGACGUUGGAGGCCCGUCUUGCCAGCUUCGAGGCGGUACUGCAGCCCGGGAGACGGCGGAAUUCGAGUGCAAAAUCCACGAAACCAAUAACCUGGCCGCAUAUCAGGCCUUCGCCAGCUGAGCUGGCGCAUGCAGGUUUCUACUAUGAACCCUACGAGACGAACCCUGAUAAUACAAGAUGCUUCCUAUGCGAGAGUGCACUUGAUGGGUGGGAGGAAGAGGACAAUCCAAUCACAGAACACCUGACAUUAUCGCAAAACUGUGGGUGGGCGAUUAUGAAGGAUAUCGAGCGGCAUAGCUCAAACCCCGCCGAGAUUGAAGACCCGACAAGCGAGAAGAUUUCCGGAGCCAGGUCAGCAACAUUUGGCUUAUAUUGGCCGCAUGAUGGAAAAAAGGGCUGGAUAUGUCAGUCGGAAAAGAUGGUCGCCGGUGGUUGGUACUUCUGCGCCAACGAAGAGAGUAACGACCUGGCUAGCUGCGCCUAUUGCAAAUUGUCUCUCGAUGGAUGGGAACCAAAGGAUGAUCCUUAUGAGGAACAUUACCGAAGAUCUUCAGAUUGUUCCUUCUUUGUGUUUGCGCAGAAUCCCAACAAAAAGACAAAGGCCUCCCGGUCGAAAAAGUCACGAACCUCCAAGGCGUCUCGUCUCUCGACACAGUCCACCGCCUCGGAAGCACCUACGGUGGAUCUUGAGGACCAGGUUGAUGAGAUUCUUGUGUCAGAAACGUCCUCCAAGACAAAGAACACCAAAAAGUCAUCUAGAUCCAAGGCGAAAACCACAAAGUCAAAGGAGGCAGACACGGUGGAUACGGAUGACCAGAUGGAUGUUGAUGGUACCGCAUACGAAGACCCUGAACCUCCGAAGCCAAAGCGCGCGACCAGAGGCAAGAAACGCACGAGUGAAGAGGUUAGCCAGAGCUACGGGAACGAGGUCGACACAGAAACGACGGAACAGCCUGAGCCAGCUCCCAAAAGGCGAGCAACAAGAACACGCAACAGCACUAUUCAACAGGAUUAUGGUGCUUCGAACGAUGUGACUACAGCGGUUACAGAAGAGCGAAGCGAGGUUGCUCCCCAGGAAGAGGAGCCAAAGAAGGGCCGUCGGACCAAGAAAAACGCAUCAACAAAAGGCCGCCAAGUCUCUGAAGUCUCAGCAUCAAAAACACCUCCGACCUCACGCACACCUGACGAUGCCGAGCUGGAUGCGGCACUUGAAGCUGACCUUGAAGCGGAUCCGCCAAGCCCCGAAGAGAAACGCGCAGAGACAACCACUAAGCAGACGUCGAAGAAAUUGAAGUCCAGCAAGAAAUCCAAGCCGAGUCCAGAAGCACAAAAUCCCACAGAUACGCCAGAACACGACGAGAGACAAAAUAUACCGGACGAAAUCCCUGAGGAGGAUCAGGUAGAGCCUGUCGAAACAGAGCCGCGGACCCAGGCAAAAUCAAGCAAGAGCUCCGGCAAACGCAAAGCCAAGGGAUCUAAAUCGCAAGAGAAGGUCUCCAAAUCUCGGGAAUCACCCAGGAUUGAGAGAGAGGAUGCUGAAGCAACUGCUCCUAAACGCCAUGGGCCUCUCGUGUCCGUGGAAAUAUCAACUAAGAAACCAGAACGAUUGACCGAAGCGGAACCCCCAAGCGAUGAGGAAGCACCGAAACCUAAGAAAGCGUCUGCAGGCAAGAGCACGAAACCAAAGAAACAAAGUGAAUCGCCAGCGAAACCGCCUGAGCCUGAACCCGAACCCGAGCAAGAGGAAGAGGACGAAGGACACAUCGAAGACGUUCAAGACCAAGAGCCUGCACAAGUCGGUUCGCCAGAACGGAGCGAAGCAACACCAGAACAGGAACCAGAGCAUGAGAAACAACCUGAAGAUCUAUCUGCUCGCCGGUCAUCACGCCGGUCAUCAGGUAUUCCGCCGAAAACGAUUGAAAGGUACAGCGACAUUCCGCAGGAGAAGCAAUUUGCAAAAAGCUUGACAGACUCGCAUACCUCGGAUACCCCCGUUCAGCAAAAGAAUACUAGACAAUUCGAAAGACCGGCCAGCGGUUCCAUAUCGCCCUUUCCAUCGACCCCUCGAGAAUCAGCGUCUCUAUCGCCACAGUCCUCUGACGCUGAAAACCAACCGCCAUCCACUAAGCCUUCGGCGUCACGGAAUUUUGCAACGUCCCCGUCCAAACAACCUUCUGAGCGAACUCCCUUGGCGGUUGGUACACCAUCACCAUCCAAGCGGAAUGCAAAUGCAGGCGGCUUGAAGACAUCACGCCCUUGGACUCCGAUUGACAUCGAGGGUAUUCUCUUUGCAAGGGAUGGCGACAAGGAGAACGCCAGUCCGGGAGGUAAAGCAAGCGGAAGCUUGACUAGUCCGGAGAAGAAGAUGACGGUGGAGGAGUGGAUUCUCUGGAAUGCAAAGAACGGAGAGGAGCGAUUGAAACAGGAGUGCGAAAGGCUUGUCAGCCAAUUCGAAAAGGAGGGAGGACGGGCCAUGCGCGUUUUGGAGGGUAUUGAAUGCAUUGAUUAA